AUGGACGAAAUGAAGAGAACGUAUCACACUUCACAGGAUUUCCGAAAUAGAAGUCGGGAAAUUAUCUCUGAAUCCAAGAUAUUUGAGCAUGGAAAACCUUCCAAUCAUACAUUUGAGAAUGAUAUUCCCUCGGAUGCUUCUCACAUUCAGAAGUUUGAAAAUUCUCGUAUUACUUCCCCAAAUAUCAAAGUUGAGGAUGUUAUUAAAAUUGAAAAAUCUGAUGUUUCUCUAGAUACACAAAUGGAUAUCGAUGAAAUCUUUCCAGCGGAUUCUAAAGGAGACGAUAUGAUGAAUAUUGAUACUGUUUCUCCACCAUCUAAUCAACAAACCAUUCCAAAUGAGCACGAGCUCAAUACGGAUAAAUUGUUUUCCGAAGAAUUACAAGAUAGAAUUCAUGCAUUACGUCUAUUUACAAAAUUACUUCCAUAUAUGAGUGAUGCAAAAAAAAAAAAUUUAUACGAUCCUCUUAGUAAAUUAUUAUAUAAUGAGUAUGAUAAAGAUGUUAAGAUUCUUGUAAUAAUACUUUUGGGUAAAUUGGCCCUUGAUCCAAUCGUUAAUUGUGGCAUAGUACUUGAGGAUUUAUUGAAUCAAAUGCAAUCAAAUUCUACCGAAUUGAAAUGCAAAAUAUAUGUCACAAUUAUUAGUAUUUUACAGGCGAGGAUUGAACAUGUCCUGCAAAUGCCAAAAUUAAACAACACUUUAAAAUCUCUGUGUGAGCGGGUGAUUAACGAACUAACCGAUUCACAUUACAGUAUUAGAUCAUCUUGCAUUAGUUUGCUCGCAUCAAUAGCACCUAUUAUUAUUCGUGUUAAGUUUACGCAGGAACGUAAUAAAGAGCAAGAGUAUCUUAAUGAGUCACAAAUUCAAACUAUAAUUCGUGACUUUGGAGUUGAUCCCGAUCCACGUGUCCGAAGUAAUGCUCUCAGAGCGCUUCUUCAGCUAAAUAAAUAUGGCUAUAAACUUGAUAUGUCAUUGUAUAAAUUAUGUGUUGCAUGCUUGACAGAUGACUACGAAGAAGUUCGAAUAGAGGCUUUAAGCUUGAUUUGGGUAUUAAGUAGCAUUCAUCAUGAAAGAAUUUUAAAUGAUGGGAGCACACGCCUUAUCGAUGAUGCAUUUAUUAAAAUUUGUGAAAUGGUAUGCGAUGAAUCUGUAAAGGUUCGAAGUAAGGCGUGUAAUAUAAUGGGACGUUAUAAACUCGUUGAAGACUCUAUUUUACUAUCAACUUUGAGUCAACAAGUUAUAUCACACGGAAAACCCCGUAAACCAAUGUUUAAAAAAUCUAGGUAUAUUCCAACUCCCGAGGGUGAUAUCGAUGUCGAAUCAGCCGAAGUUCGACUUUUGAAAUCAAGUUCAAGUGGAGCAUUUAUUCAUGGAUUAGAAGAUGCGUUUCAAGACGUUCACAUGUUCCAAGAUGAAAUUGAUUAUGUACGGCUGAAUUCAAUUAUCAGUCUUCGCAAAAUUGGUACUCUUCAGCCUAUCGAAUUAGAUUCCGAAUUGUUGCAAAUUACACUUAGUGUACUUAAUGAUGCAGACCCUAUUGUACGAGAAUCAGCGCAUGGAAUGUUGGGUGUUGUACGGAUUACCUCACCGGAAUUAAUACCGUCAUUCAUUAAAGAUUUAAUGGCAAGUAUGUCCCGGUAUCCGGAAGAUCAGUUGUCAAUUUAUCAAUGUUUCCGAGAAUUUGGUUCUGUUCAUGGGGAAUAUAUAGAAAAGUUUAUUCCUAAAUUUUUCAAGAUGGAAUCAAGUUAUAUUUCAAAGGAAAUUAACCAAAAUGCCCCUGAACAUAUCGGGAAUUUAAUACUUGCAUUUAAUGCUUCGGUCUCAAAUCCAAAGAUAUUAUCCAUUUUACCUAAAUAUGCGUUUAGACAUUACGAGUAUCUUAGAGACAAAUUUCCCAAUUGUUUUCCAGAAGUGAAGAUUCCGGGCGAUGCACCACGGCAAAGUAUUCGGGUCAAUGCAGAUGAUAAUACCCAGACAUUUAUGAAUCAAACCAUAAAGAUGGUAUUUUCUAUGGGCAACUUUUUCAAAACUGGAGAUUUCAAGGCUGCAUUGCGCGUUAUAAAAUAUCUUAUUGAUUAUGAUUCAUUUCCUAGUAACUUAAAAUAUAUAUCACGUGUACCAUCGCUUUCUGGUAAUGCGAUAUUUAUUAUUAUGUAUUUAGAUUGUGUACAAACGAUAAUACAGGCUAAACAGAGUUAUUUGGAAGCAAGCUCCUUUACAACUGCACAAGAUACAGCAGCCCGAUUAUUAGCAUUUUCUUAUAUUAUGGAACACAGAUUUAUCGGACUUACUGUUCCAUCAAAAACUUUUGUUGUCUAUUUGAGAGUGCUAGCAAAUAUUGCAUGGAUAUUUAGUUGCUUAACAGAAGCUAAUAAUAGUCAAGUGUUAUCAUUGUUAAGUAAGAAGGGCCUGUUAAAAUUCUUUAUUAAGCGAGUGUCAGAUUUGCAAAGAAAAUUUGAACGCGACUCUUUUCUCUUAAAAGACCUGGGAAAACUCCAAAUAAAGUUAGAUAAAGCCAGCUUAACUCCUACAAUUGAAAAUGUAAUAUCAUUGUUUGAUUAUAUAAUGGACUACAAUCUUAUUGAUAUUGAAUUAAGUGAUGAUAUUAAAAGAUCUGAAGCCUCUAUCAUUAGACCAGUUUCAAAUCCGGAUCAGCCACGUGAAUUUCCAUCAGAGUUUCCUUUCACAAUCGUCAUUGAAGCCGAAUUACGGAAUGUGGUAGAUGAAACUUCUAUGGCAGUUCAGGUCAUAUUUCCCGAUCAGACAAUUGAACAUUUUAGACCACCAUCGGCAGAUUUCGUUCAUGCCGAACCGGAUAAACUUCAAUUGAGAACGCAAAUUGACAUUUCUCAACCCGCAUGGUCCGAGUCAUGUUAUAUUCAACUUAAAAUAGUUCGUGAUUUUGAACCAGACAUUCCUGAAUUGGAUCAACAUAUAAUGCGUCAAAGUGUUAAUAAUGGAAAUAUAACUGGUAGUAUCUCUGAAAAUACCAUAGAUCUUUCAGAACCAGUCAAAUAUUACAUAUGGCCAAGAGAUUCAUCACCAAAACGAAUGCGUUAA